CUCUCCUCUUCUCAGUCGGGCUUGGCGCGGCUUUAGUGAGCGUCGUUUGCUCUGUGUGUCGUUGUCCGGUGUGUGUUCAGUUGGUGUGCGUUCUUCACUGUUGCUCUUUGGAUUAUCGCUUUCUUUUGUGGUGUCGCCUGUGAUGUAACGGGCAGCGAGGUGUCGCCAUGUUUUGUCUCUGCUCCAAGGCCCGCACUCAUCACUGCAAGGUAGUUCUGUUGGAUGAACAAGAACUGAUUCAGGAAAUACAGGACUCGAGUCCGGGCCAGGAGGUGUUAGACACCGUGUUCCGCCACCUGAACUUGCUGGAAACCGCAUACUUCGGCCUUCGGUACCUUGACGCUGCCAAUCAAACGCAUUGGUUGGACACUACAAAAAAAGUUUCAAAACAGCUUAAAGGAAAAGAGACAUUUACGCUUUAUUUUGGCGUCAAGUUCUACGCGGCAGAUCCUUGCAAGCUGUUAGAGGAAAUUACAAGGUACCAGUUCUUCCUGCAAGUGAAGCAGGACAUUCUACAAGGACGGCUCCCUGUGUCCUUCGAGCUAGCUGCCGAGUUAGGUGCCUUCGUUGUCCAAUCGGAAUUAGGAGAUUACGACCCCCGCCGACACUCCCCCGGCUAUGUGUCCGAGUUCCGGUUCCUAUCCAACCAGACGGUGGAACUGGAGGGCAAGAUAGCGGAACAUCACAAGGACCUGCAGGGCCAACUUCCUUCAGUCGCCGAGCUCAACUAUCUGGACAAGGUGAAAUGGCUCGAGAUGUACGGGGUAGACCUUCAUCCCGUUUUGGGGGAGGACAAUGUAGAAUACUUCCUAGGACUCACUCCCACUGGUGUCAUAGUACUUAGGAACAAGAACAAAGUGGCCAACUAUUACUGGCCAAGAAUCAGCAAAAUUUACCACAAGGGGAGGUAUUUCAUGCUUCGAGUUUGUGAUAAAAACAACGAUGAGAACACUUACGGAUUCGAGACACCGUCCAAGCCAGCCUGCAAGCACCUGUACAAGUGCUGUGUGGAACAUCACGCCUUCUUCCGUCUGGUGCAGGUGUCGCCCAAUCCGCCUGACGUAAUCGGCACUCGCUUCAGCAGUGGAAGGGCGGAAAAGAUCUCACAGAGGGAGGCUCAGAUGAGGCUGCGCAGCCCACCACAGUUCACACGUACACCCAGCAGACGAUACCAACGGAGAAUAGUGGAGGGUGCACAAGACGCCCCUAAAGUGGAAGAGCAAGUGAACAAUGAAAAUAUCCCACCCCAAGAGAUGAAAACCAUCUCCAUUCCUCAGCCUGUUAAUUCGGUGAGCAGUCUCUACCGAGGUACAGUACCGGCUACAGGCCGUUGUGAUUCCCCGCGCAGCACUCGAAGUGCACCAUGGAGUGUGCCUCAUGCUCGUGGCCUCUACACGGGUUCCAGCCCACGCUCCCUGCGUUCCGCAGGUCACACUAGAUCUCUCGCCGCCCGUCGCUCAUCCUCUGUAGAAAGCCAUAGUUCUAAUGAUUCCAGGUCAUGUAAAAAGCAUAGACACCAUCGUAGCAGACGUAGUUCUGAUAAUGAGAGUGAACUUUCACGGUGUAGUGGUGGUAAGUCCCGCAGACAUCGGCACCGCAGCCGACGAGCUUCAGGUAGCGAACAUGACAGCGGCCGCCACAGCUCCAAGAGUUCAAGACACAGGUAUGAGUUGGUGGAGUCAGAGAGUCAGUGGAAGGAGGUGCAACGAAAGCAAGCAGAAGGCAGCUCUGGCAUCCAGCAAGCAACUGUUGUCAGCAGCAAAGAAUCACAACCGAGGCCAAGGUCAGGCUACAUGAAUAGUGGCAUGGAAACAGAGAGUGAACAUUCAUACCAUCAUAGGCGCAAACACCGAAAACACAGGUCACGGUCACGCUCGCCCUCAGACAGCAAGUCCCGGCUGCCCGAGGAGUUGAAGCAGCAUCUACAGUUUCAGCUGGUGGAAACCGAGGGGAUGUCAGAACAGCAGCUGAGGGAGAUACCAUACAAAGUGGUAGAGACUGCCACUGCAUCCAAGGCUGUCCGAGUGAGACUUUCACCCACCAGCAAGCGACGGAAUCACUCCGCCCGGCGGCCCAAAAGCUGCUCCCUGAAGGAGGAACCUCCCAGUACAGGAGACAGCCCACCCCCGCCAUACUCAGAGAGUCCCGCCGCCCCCUCCACCCCCUCUGCUCUCCAAGACAUCCUUAACAAGAACACCCAGCCUCCGCAGACCACACAACUUCCCAGAGUUGGACACCAACAGAGUCGCAUGUCCAGCAGUGCUACCAACCGUUCACUGUGUUCUGCUCUCUAUGGGAACCCCACCACCCUUCUUGGGAACCCAAAUCUCCCGCCCUCAGGUGCCGGGCACAAUGGCACUUCUAGUCCUCAUCGAAGAGAUUCAGUUGACAAUUCUGCUUGGUUAGGUAGAGAAUACAAUCAGAGUCCUGGAAAGAGCUCAAGUAGUUCACUGAUUGGCAUCUCAGAACGAAGAAAGAGUGAUCUGCCACCUCGGCCAUUCCCAUUUAACUCUAUGCGUUCCCAGAACUCCUACAGCUCUAACCAUGGGAAGCAGUGGACAAGUCCAGAGGUGCGAGGCACUGUAGGCUUGCCAUGGCCUGCGAUAGUAGAUGGCCUGUACAACCCUCCUGCUACCACCCACCAACCUUACAACCCUACUACUCCUCAUUCUUCCUACACCAACCUCCCCGAGCACCUGAGUCGCUACCCUAGCCCUCAGGAGCAGCUCCACGCUAACCUCAACUCUAGCCAUGAGUUUCUACAGCAUGUUCAUGCGGCGACAAGUUACAUCACAUAUGGCACUCCACUGCAUCGUCCUUACCGUGAUCCUACCCAGGUGAAUGGCAAUCUCAACCAUGAGGGUAGCAACUCACGCCGCUAUGACCACAGCAGCAUUCACUCGAGUGCUAGCUCCGAGCUUAACCGUGAACACUCGAGCAGCAGUUCAAGUUCGUUGCGCAACCGGAGCAACCUCUCUAUCGACCAGAGUAGCAGCAAGACCAGCCUUUACGACCAUACCAAGUUGCCCAACCGGGUGGAGAAGAAGCCAGAGGAGGGUGUCUCCUCACCCAACCAUAACCAAAGUGAGGAAAAACGGUCGGCGAACGAGAACUGGCCAGAAGGCGAGCGAGGGCCACUGUAUUUCCACCAGUCAGACAACCAGAACACGAAUACGCUCAAUGGCGUCCGGAAAGAGGUGAAUAAUAAUCCAAGAGUUCUACACGAGAUGAGCACAGAACUGUAAUGCCUUUUCCCCUCCACCAUCCAAGUGCCAAAGCUACUACUAUACUAAUUAUUAAUAUACAUAUAUGAGUGAUCAUGAUCAAAGCUAUAAUAUAUUGAAUACCUACCUUCUCACCGCAAAUAUUUGUAUUAUUGUAUUUCAGUAUUAAUUUAUUAUUAAUGUAAUGUUUUUAGUUGUAUAUGGUAACUGAAAUGACACAUCAUAUCCAUUGCAUUGUAUAUAAAUAGCAGGUUGUUUUACUGUUGCCGCUCUUGUAAAAAUAUUUUUAUUUCAUUUUUUAUUGUUGAAAUAAACUUUUGGAAUUGAUUCAUUUGUUAAAUUGUGUUAUCAAUGUUUUCUCAAUUUCAUUAGGUUUUUGACACUUACAUACGAGUAUGAAGCUGUUAAUAGUUUAUGUUUUCGUAAAAGUUUUAAAGUUGAAUAUACUUUUUUGGUACUGUAUUUGUAUUGUGAAUGUUCCACUACACCUGAAGUAAAUUUGAAAACCUAUUUCAGGUAGUGCUCUUCACUCAGUAAAAUCUGUUUAAUAGGUUGUUAUUAUAUUUGUAUUUUUGUACUGACAAGUUUUAUAAAAUGUACAUGAAAUACAUUUGAAUUAGUCAUGUCAGGUUAACUUUAUUAUAGUUUAGUUUAUUCCUCACUUAUCCUGUCUCGAUCACUGAACACUGUAUAUGGAUAUGCAAUGUGAUUGCUCUAAUGAUAUUGUUCACGUAUAGACUGAUUUUUUACUGUUUACAAACCGCUCUGUAUAUGUACAGUUUGCGAUAGGUGUCAUUCCAUUUUGUAUGUAAUGUAUUGAAAUAAAACAUUUUGUAUGACUCA